AUGAAUCUUGUGCAGGAGGUGAAGGCUCUGCAUACCGAAAAUGCUGAGAAGGACAAACAAAUUGCUCACCUGGAAAGGAGAGUAAUGGAUCUUGAGCAAUCUUCGAGGAUGAAUGACGUGAUCAUCACCGGGCUCCACAUUAAACCUGGAUCAUAUGCUCACGCAGUAUCCAUGGAAAACGGAGAACCCAUUGACCUGGAUGUCAAUGGCCAUUGA